CAUGUUGCAGUGCUAGCAGGCAGCGCAGAGGCGGCGGCGGGCGGCAGCGCAGCGCAGAGCACCGCAGCGCGAUGGCCGUGGCCGUGGGCAGACCGGCGAACAACGAUGACCUCAGGAACCUGUCCCUGUCCGGCCACGUGGGCUUUGACAGCCUCCCUGACCAGCUGGUCAACAAGUCAACGUCACAGGGCUUCUGCUUCAACAUCCUGUGUGUGGGUGAGACUGGCAUCGGCAAGUCGACGCUGAUGGACACUCUGUUCAACACCAAGUUCGAGAGCGAGCCCGCCACGCACAACGAGCCCGGCGUCAGGUUGAAAGCCCGGAGCUACGAGCUGCAGGAGAGCAAUGUGCGCCUCAAGCUGACCAUUGUGGACACGGUGGGCUUUGGAGACCAGAUCAACAAGGAUGACAGCUACAAGCCCAUAGUGGAGUACAUUGACGCACAGUUCGAAGCCUACCUGCAGGAAGAGCUGAAGAUCAAACGCUCGCUGUUCAACUACCACGACACGCGGAUCCACGCCUGCCUCUACUUCAUUGCUCCCACCGGACACUCGCUCAAGUCCCUGGACUUGGUCACCAUGAAGAAGCUCGACAGUAAGGUGAACAUCAUCCCCAUCAUUGCCAAGGCUGACACCAUUGCAAAGAACGAGUUGCACAAGUUCAAGAGUAAAAUCAUGAGCGAGCUGGUCAGCAACGGCGUCCAGAUCUACCAGUUCCCGACGGACGAGGAGACGGUGGCCGAGAUCAAUGCCACCAUGAGUGUCCACCUUCCUUUUGCCGUGGUUGGCAGCACUGAAGAAGUGAAGAUUGGCAACAAGAUGGCGAAAGCCAGGCAGUACCCCUGGGGUGUGGUACAGGUUGAGAAUGAAAACCACUGUGACUUUGUGAAGCUGCGGGAGAUGCUGAUCCGGGUGAACAUGGAGGACCUGCGGGAGCAGACGCACACCCGGCACUACGAGCUGUACCGGCGCUGCAAGCUGGAGGAGAUGGGCUUCAAGGACACAGACCCAGACAGCAAACCUUUCAGUCUCCAAGAGACUUAUGAAGCAAAGAGGAAUGAAUUCCUGGGCGAGCUCCAGAAGAAGGAGGAUGAAAUGAGGCAGAUGUUUGUGAUGCGAGUGAAGGAGAAGGAAGCAGAGCUGAAGGAAGCAGAGAAGGAUCUCCACGAAAAGUUUGACCAUCUAAAGAGGACUCACCAAGAAGAGAAGAAAAAGGUGGAAGACAAAAAGAAGGAACUUGAGGAAGAGCUGAGCAACUUUCAAAAGAAGAAGGCAGCAGCUCAGCUAUUACAGUCACAGGCUCAGCAGGCAGGUUCUCAACAAACCAAGAAAGACAAGGACAAGAAAAACUUCUUCUUUAUGUAACGGUCACCUUGCCCAAGCCCCCACACCCCCUCUCCCCGUGGGCCUAGGGCCCUGGAAGAGCUGCGGAUCCGGGCAGCCCUGGCAGGAGAAGAGCCAUCCCAUUGCUCCAUCACGUGUGCCCUCCUCUCCUUCCCCUUUGUUCCCCCCGUGCGUCUGGGGUGUGCUGUGCUGUGUGUCUGUGCGGGCUCCAGCAGCGCCCGAGCUCCCAGCAGUGCCAGAGGAGCGGCUGCCGAGGGCUGGGCAGCUCUGACACCUUGCUCCGCCUCACUCGGACUCCUUUGCCUCCCUGCCCGUUUUCCUUUGCCACGACACGCACACACUGCUGGUGUGACACUGCUGGUGACACAGAACGACAGACUGGUGGUGAGUGCAUAGCUGGAGGAUUUAAUUCCUGCCUCGAGCCUGCCUGCUUUGGACACCACAGCUUCACCUCAAGGGCAUCCUGUGCUCCUCUGGCAUGGCUGGAACUCUCUCCAUAACCUGGUGACGUUCUCAGUGUGUCGCUGUGUGAAGCUGGAGUCACAUCCUGUGGCACUGCUGGAGCCUGUCCUGGACAGUCAAGGCCUUAUUUUCUGUCUGUGCCUCACUGUGGGCAGAGCAGGAUUGUGGUUCUGUACAGCUGAGCUGCACUGGCUCGUACUCAGAUCGAGGGCUUCGUUUGUUCUCGUGAAGCCCAAUUAGUGAUUAUUUUUUAACAGUCCUGAAUGUGGGCAAAUUGUUAAAUUUCUACCUGUUUACUUUGGAAGUGAACUCACUUGAAAAGCUUGAGAAGUGCCAAAGGAUUGCUUGAAGGUAAAAAACAAAACCUGUAAAUGUGUGUGGUGACCUCCAGCUGGUUUGGGAUGGAUGGAAGGAGGCAGCCUGAGCCUCUUGGGAUGUUGGUUUGUGUAAGUGGUGCACUUUUAACCGAAUACUAGUGAUUUAUUCUUUGCAUCUUGAACCUCAGUCCUUUAGCCUGCCGAGGUAAAGUUGCCCUGAGCUGGUCUGAGUUUGGCCCCUGCACUCUGGGUGUGACAAGCCAGCUGCUGAGGGGCUCUGCUGAAAUCUGGGAUUUUUUAAGAAGCACAUUAUUUUGCAGCACUCCUCAGUGACAAGGGUCAGCUCCCUCCAGCCAGGUGGAAGGAAAACUCCCUUGUCCUGGGAACCUUUGCAACCAAAGAAGUGACUUCAUGGACACACUCAGAAAGGUCACUGAGUGUUGGCCUCCUGCUGGGCUGCACCUGUUUGCCUGGUCUGUAGCUGGACUUGCUGGCUGCUCCCCAGCCUGCAGGGCAGUGAAUAUUGCACUAGUGUAGCUUGGGACAGCAUUUGCAGUGAUCCCAGAACCAGAGCCUGCCCUGCCCUCGAGGCUGCAGGGCCUCAGGUGGUGCCCAGAGCCUCCCAGCAGAGGGCCAGGUCUGGAACCUGCUCACAAGGGUGGUCACUGCUGACUCAGAGCCUUGCCCAUUAAAUGCCCCUUUAGUCUGUCUGUUGUUCCAGUGCUGGCACCUGUGCCAGCCUGCAGCUUGCCCAGGUACCCUGCUGGCUGCUUGCCCAGCAGCUGCUGGAUGGCUCCUGCAGGCUUCUGUUUGAGGAGGGAAUCCUCUCCUUGUGUUCCCCUCAGUCCUUGCACCCUUUUUGUUGUUGUUACUUCUAAACUCCAAAUGGAAUUACUUAAAAGCUUUAGUAUCAAGAGAAGCAGAUGGGCACAGCCCAAAUGCCCGUACUCACACGGACUGCCUUUAUUUUGCAGCUCUGUAGAGUUGUGCUGUGCUGUGCCUUGAGUCCUGCUUGCAGCUCUGGAUUUCGUGUCUGCAGAAGGACCAGGCGGAGUUAGAGAAGGGCACUAAGCUAAACGGGCUGGAGCAGCAGCACAGGUGAGAGGGAAAGGCAGAGCAGAGGAGAUCCAGCCCCUGCUGCGAGCCGGAGCUGGCAGCACACGGCCUCUAGAGGUCCCCUGCAGCCCGGAUUUAUUUGUGACUCUCACAAAGCUCGAUGGAGGUGCGUGCCCGAGCUGGUGGUCACCAAAUCCUCUCAGCUGGACUCGGUUCCAAGGAAAUGGGCUCAAAACAUGGAGUAGCUUUCUUCAGGCAGGUGCUGACCCUCUGGGGUUUGCUGCCCCAGGCUGUUAGUGUGGACGGUGUGAGCAGCAGGUUUUGGGGUUGGUUUGGGUGUUUUUAAAAGGUAAAUUCAGGGAGAACAGGUCCAUGAGGAACACAGUGGCAGUGCGUUGGUGGUGGGUAGAGGCGGAGGGAAGGGAGCAGGAGGCACAAACCCAGCGGUGUCUGUGGAACGAGGGGCGGAGCUGCCCACAGGCUGGGGGGGCUUUCCACACCCAGCGCUGGGAGCAGGGAUGGCAGGGUCACCUUCACCUGCUUCUGCACGGCUGCAGCUCGUGGGGAAGAGGGGUCAGCCUGGGGAGGGGCGGCUCAGGGAGCUGAUUUGUCACCGAGUGUCCCCCAGCAGAGCUGGGAAGCCACUUCAUCCACUCCCAGUUGAAAAGUCGUGCUUUGAUGUUACCCCUGUGUGGCUGCUGCAGGGGAUCCAUCCUCUCAUGUCUGGAGAGCAAAUCCUUGUGGGCUCAGGGAAGCUGGGUGCUGCAGGAGAGCACAGUGUGUGAGGGGGAGCUGGGGAUUGCAGCUAAAGAGAACGGGCAGCAGUGCUCUGCUGGGAUGUGGCUGCUGUGCCCUGGGCAGCUCCCUGGGCUUGGGGCACUGAGCCACCACUGGGGUUUGUGAAUGCCCUGGUUUUAUCCCAGUGCUCCUGAGGGAGGUGCUGGGCUCCUGGUCUGCACUGCCCUGGGCUCCCCUGGAGCACAGACCCUGUGCUGGCAUCUGGGCAUGGUGUGAAGCACUGGGGUGCUGUGCAGUUAGUGUGGGAAGGGGUGAAUGUGAGGAGUCAAGGGCACCAGGGAAUGUUUUGCUGUGGGAAACAAGGAGCCCUGGCAGUGCUCCAGCAGGGCCCUGUGUUCCAGCAGUGGGAGCAGCACAGAAGUCAGCCUGCUGCUGAAGGUGAUGGGGCCAUGCAGGGGGGCUGGAGGGGGCAGGGGAGAGCAAACCCAAGGGGAUGCUGAGGGGUGCUGCAGCCAGAGAGGUGCCCACAAGCGUCCAGGGCCUCUGCCAGGACAGCAGGGACACAGCAGAGGUGGCUCAGCCACACCAGGGACAGGUUUGUGCCUGAGCCUUCUUGUGUGGGAGCUGCCUGAAGGAGGGAAUUGGGGUGGUUUGUGCACAGCAUCAAGGAAAUAAAACCUGUCUAUCUCUUUGUGCAGCCCCAGGGCUGGGCAAUGCCUGUGUUUGGGACUGGAGCAGGAGGAAAGCUGCCUUGGAGCCAGGGAGACUCAGUCCUGCCUCCCAGGUGUUGAGGGGAGUGUGGAGGGGGAGAAGCCAGUGUAAUUUAACUGGAAAAGAUGUGUAACGUGGCAUGGGCUGGGAGCAGUGAGCCCAGAACUGGGAUAUCCCACAGUGACACGGUGCUUUGCUUGGGGGUGUGUUCAUACCUUGAGCCUGCUCAGCAGCCUGGCUUUGGAAAACUGAGCCGUGGGAUGAGAAGGUCAGGGACUGAAAAUACUGUAGGGACAAGAAGGGCUGGAAGGGAAGGAAGACACACACCCUGCUAUGAAAUGUGGUCUUGAGGGGGGUUUUGAGCUGUGGCAGGAAGAAGCCAGAACCCAAGAGAAGGCUGUCCUGGGGGACUGCUGCAGGAGGGGGACAGAACAGGGGACACAGAGGGGACAGAGCAGUGUCCCAGCCAGGCACUGAGCCUGGAGUGAGGAGCAGCAGAGCCAGGGCUGGAGCUGGCAGUGUGCAGAGGCACUGAGUUGAUGCUGGGUGACUCCCCCUGCCCAGCACCUCUCGUGUCACCUGCCAGGGUCUGGCACAGCGCAGCUCGCUGGCAGCCCCUGGGUGAAGCCGAGCCAGGUCUUGGGUGAAAAGCACAACAGCACACUGGGAAUCCAGGACAACUUUCUUUAUUGCUACCAGAAGGCUUUCAUCAGUACAAUGGCUCUGGAUACGAUACCUUCCUCAGGGCUGUGGAGAGAGCUUACAGUGGGACGGGGUGUUCUGAGAACAGGGAGAACACGGAGGAGACGCGUUCAAGGUCAGACUCCUGGUUAGAAGUUACGUGAACACAAAACGAGGGAGGCUCGGGGUGCUGUGUUUUGGUUCUGUGGCUGACAGUGACACGAUUCCAAACCUCAGGCACCCCACACCUCACCCAGCAGUGCUGGGGGAUGUGCAGGGACCGGGCUCUGCACAAUUCAAGGGUUACAUCUGAUGGAGAGAACCAAGCCUUGGUGAGAAUCCACACUGAGUGCAGCACAGCAAGAAAAACACGGUUUCAGUUCUAGUGAUACAAAACCCAGUAACUGCUUUCUGUGUUGGGACACUGGGGAGAGAGUCUCUGUGAGGCACAGAGCACCCUCACACCCCUGUGGGAAUUGCUGAAGUGUGGAGCAGCUCACAAGCAUUGCUUUGGGUUUUUUUCCUGCCUAAUCUUUUGUUGAAAUCCAGUUUUUCAAUAUUAUCACAUUUAAACACCCAGCUAUUAACAAAAGAGGGUUUCUGUUUAGAAGGGCAAAAGAAAGCUGUGGUGGAGGUGGGGCAGGACAGGACGUCAUGCACGAGACUGGCUGAGAACUAAAAGAGGAGCAAGCAGAAAGGGAGCAGGAGCAGGUGGGAAUGGGAUCAGAGAGGCUUUAGUUGGCCGGGAAACCUGCGACAGCAGGGCUGGUGUGAGCUCUCGGAUGUGGAGAAUGGGUUACAACACACAAGAGCAGAAAAACAGUGGAACCGA